GAUGAUGAUUUCAUGAAUGAUACUUGGCUUCUGUUGUUUCCUCUGUAGCCCACAGCUCACUGUGGUGGGUUUGUUGGAUUUACUAUAAAGGUUCUGUUCGCACCCUGUGGGUUGGGUUAAGAAUUAGGAUUUAUGCAUUUACUUCUACUGCUGCAUUGUUUAUACAGCUUUGGUUUAGUUUUGAUCCCUUUUUUUGCCUUUGAGGCUCUUCCACAGUGUCAGCUGCUGACUGAUAGUAGGAGAACGGCCUCGUGGUGUGAAUGAAAGGGACCUAGCGGUUGGUAAACAGAGAUAAGGAAUAAAUAGAGCACAGGCAAAAGGAGAUAGUUCUGUGAGAGCCCAGAUUGCCGCCAGUCUGUUCAAGUGAGAUGCAGUGCCUGUCCUUUUCCCAGAUUAAAUUAGUGUGCGAAAUCUCCAGUGACCUCCUCCCCUUCUCCCCAUACUCUUUAGCCAAGCUGAACAGCCUCUGCUGUAAAGUAUUCAUUUUAUCCAGGGACAAGUUGGACAAUAGAACUCUCCCUGAUACUUAUGGACAGCUGUCGUCAUUCAGAGGGCUUUUCAGCAUUUCAUUUUUCAUAGGAGUUAAAAGGGUUUAUGCCUUGUAACUGAAGAGAGGGCAGAAAUACAUGGGUGCCAACUCUGAGGUUGCCUAGAAAGAGAAAAAGCAAGAGAGAAAAUGCACCUUUGCCAACCUGUGAAAGAUUGUUCAUCUUGUUGUUUAGCUGUUGUUUAAAGGGAUUUUUGUACAAUAAUGUGAUUAGUCUGAAGCAUGAACUGGAUGGAGGAAAUGACAAUCAGCUGCAGGAACACUCAGGGUCUCCAAAGUUACUGCAAUUAUUAAAGGUCAUGAGUGUAAUCUUUCUGACUGUCCCACUCCUUUCUCCCCCCAAGUGUUUGUGUUUAAAUUUUGCUUCCUCUUCCCUUUAGCAAGCUCCCAAGAAACAUUAAAGCCUCAUGAGAUACCUCUGUGGUCUCGGGUUUUUUUUAGUGAUUUACUGCAAAUAUAUUCAGCAUCUGACUGAUUAAAUAGACCUUCGGCAACCUUGAGGGUCACUGUGUAGAGUAUGUACAUAGAAAAUGCAUCAGCCCAUUGUACCCUGGCAGCUAAUGAGAUUGGUCGUUAAGUAAAUGACACAAAGCCUACAAAAAAAGCUUAGCAGCUCACUAGAGUAUCACAGAGUGUCCCUGCACACCACACAACGACACAAACACUGGACUAACCUAGCCCACCCCUGCUUUAUUCUACAUCACUGCUUCCCUGAUGUCAGCGCGAGAGGCAGAACAAAGGCUAAAAGGCACACGAUGGAUGCAGAUGGAGAAGAUAAAAAGCUACGCACACAUUCAGGAGGCACCAAGGCACACGUGGAUUCGAUAGCACAAGAGCUCAGUGCCUACAAAAGCUCCAUGGCAAAGAAAAGAAAAGCUGAAGAACAGAUUUUGGGUGUUCCGGUCAACAAAAGGAAAUCUCUGUUAAUGAAACCUCGUCACUACAGCCCCAGUUUGGAAGGCAAGGGGGGGAAUGAGGAGAAAACAGAACAGCAAGACAAAAGCAACAUUGUCCUAACAGAAGACAACACUAUAACACAAGCAGAAAUUAUCACACAAGCUGAAAUUAUCACUCAUUUGGAUGUGCAAGAAAAUGAUCAUCAAAAGAUUGGUUACCAGAACGUAAUGACCAAAUCUUUAAGUACUGUUGAAAAAACAGCAAAAGAUGCAUCAAAUUCCACAGAAAAUGAAAAACUAAGUGACAGUUGUAACCAGCCCUUAAAAACAGAGAAUAAGAAUGUUAAUGAAUGUUACGUGAUUAGUUCUUCAGUAAAAAAAGACAGAAUUAAUGUUUCUGAUCCACCAUAUUGUUCUUCUGAGGAUAAUGAAAGUAAUUCAGAAAUACUGGACAAUGAAUGGGAGACUUCCUCAAAUUUCUCAGAAGAGACAAACUUAAAACUUCCUGUAAAUAAAAAAUACAUUGUUAGACAUAAUGAGCAAGAUGUCUUAAAAGUUCACGGAGUCAAAACUGAAGCACUAGAUUUUAACAAUUCAGAAAUUGCUUGUGACUCAGAAGCAGGCCUGCAAGAAUCACAGGAGUCACUCAUGGAGUCUUUUAGUGACAGACUUCAGAAUCCGUUGCCAGACAGUGAAGAGGAUGAGUGUCUCUCAGAAAAUACCGAAAUGUCUUUUGAUCUGGACAAAACCAAACAGAACUUGAGCUUGCUGGAACGCGCAAUCGCUCUGCAGGCAGAGCAGGGUCAUGUCUUUCAUAGCACCUACAAAGAGCUGGACAGGUUUCUACUGGAGCACCUUGCUGGUGAAAGAAGACAAGCCAAAGUGAUUGAUCUUGGUGGCAGAGCAAUCUAUAACAACAAACACUUACCCAGACCUGAAAAGAGAGAAACCAAAUGUCCUAUUCCAGGAUGUGAUGGCACAGGGCAUGUGACUGGAUUGUAUCCCCAUCACCGCAGUCUUUCUGGGUGUCCACAUAAAGUCAGAGUUCCCCUUGAAAUCCUGGCUAUGCAUGAAAAUGUUCUAAAGUGCCCAACUCCUGGAUGCACAGGAAGAGGACAUGUCAACAGUAAUCGUAACACUCACAGAAGUCUUUCCGGUUGCCCCAUUGCGGCAGCUGAAAAAAUGGCAAUGUCUCAGGAAAAAAAUCCACAAGAAUCACCCAACAUGGGGCAGUGCCACGAUCAGGUCCACAGGACAAACUUGGUGAAACAACUUGAGUUAUCUCAGUAUAGCUGUCGAUCUGCCCAGCCAAUCCCUUUCUCCAGAGCCACCUUUACAAGAGAGCAAGAGAAAUGUGGGAAGAUACCAUUCGACUAUGCUAGUUUUGAUGCCCAAGUCUUUGGCAAAUGCACAAUGAUGCCCUCUAUGCAAGGACAAAAACCUACACAAUUCCUUGAUUCAAAGCAUUUUUCAAAUCCAGGGAAAUUUUCUAAUCGGCUGCCUAGUGCUAGCGCCCACACACAGAGCCCUUGCCAUGCCAACUCUUACGGCUACGGUCAAUGUAGUGAAGACACCCACAUAGCAGCAGCUGCUGCAAUCCUGAACCUUUCCACCCACUGCAGGGAAACAGCAGAGAUCCUCUCCAACAAACCACAGAGUCUGUCUGCCAAGGGAGCAGAUAUUGAAGUCGAUGAAAAUGGCACCCUGGAUUUGAGCAUGAAAAAGAAUCGAAACCAAGAAAAGUUUACGCCUCUAACUUCUUCCAGUACAACGGUUCCCACUCCUUCCUCCUCACCCUUCAAAACGGGCAGCAUCCUGGUCAAUGCCACCUUUUAUCAGGCAUUGUGUGAAAAGGAAGGCUGGGAUACACCUAUCAACUAUAGCAAGGCUCAUGGAAGAAAAGAGGAAGAGAAAGAGAAAGAUCCUGCAAACUGGCCUGAAAGUCUGGAGGAAAAGAAAUACUCAGAUGUCUCUGUCCCAAGUCCCAAACCCAAGAUCCAUUCACGAGAUCUUAAAAAGGAACUCAUCACACAAACAUGGCUACAUCUCUGGAAUGGCUACCCUUCUGGACUAGCAAAUGUAUCAUGGCAUGAACUUUUGUGUCCAACACCAGGUUGUGAUGGCAGUGGUCAUGUGACAGGAAACUAUGCAUCACACCGCAGUGUUUCUGGCUGCCCACUGGCUGACAAAACAUUGAAAUCCUUGAUGGCUGCCAACUCUCAAGAGCUUAAGUGUCCUACUCCUGGAUGUGAUGGCUCUGGUCAUGUGACUGGAAACUAUGCCUCACACAGAAGCUUAUCUGGUUGUCCUCGGGCCAGGAAAGGCAGUCUCAAACUGAGUCCUACCAAAGAGGAAAAAGAAGACCCUGAACUAAAAUGUCCAGUGCUAGGCUGUGAUGGCCAAGGUCACAUAUCAGGUAAAUACACUUCCCAUCGUACUGCUUCAGGUUGUCCUGUGGCUGCCAAGAGACAGAAAGAGAAUCCGCUGAAUGGGUCUUCACUGCCUUGGAAACUGAACAAGCAAGAGCUGCCGCACUGUCCUUUGCCAGGCUGCAAUGGGCUGGGUCAUGUUAAUAACGUUUUUGUCACCCACCGAAGUUUGUCUGGAUGUCCUCUGAAUGCACAAGCCUUAAAAAAGGGCAAGAUAUCUGAAGAAUUAAUGACCAUUAAGUUGAAAGCAAGUGGAGGUUUAGAAAACGAGGAGGAAAUGAGACAUUUGGAUGAAGAAAUAAAAGAACUGAAUGAAUCUAACCUUAAAAUUGAAGCUGAUAUGAUGAAACUUCAGACACAGAUAACAUCUAUGGAAAGCAAUCUGAAAACAAUAGAAGAAGAGAACAAACUUAUAGAGCAGAACAACGAGAGCCUGUUAAAGGAGUUGGCUGGCCUAAGCCAAGCCCUCAUUUCCAGUCUUGCCGACAUUCAGCUUCCACAAAUGGGCCCAAUCAGUGAGCAGAAUUUUGAAGCAUAUGUAAAUACGCUCACAGACAUGUACAGCAAUCUGGAACGGGACUAUUCCCCAGACUGCAAAGCCCUGCUGGAAAGUAUCAAACAGGCAGUGAAGGGUAUCCAUGUGUAGGAUCCAGAAGCUGCUGUGAAAUAGGAGUUACGUAGCAGCAACGGACUCCAAAUGGAUCUGUGAAGAGUCCCUGGACUGCUUAGGAGUAUUGAUUGCUGUGCUGCUUUUCUAGUUACAACAUUGCACUAUUUUUUUUUCCAGCUGACAUAAAAAGGACAGAAAACAUAAGACUAUUGUAUUAACAGCAAUGACUCAGAUCACAGAAUUUGUUUAUUUCUGUACAAAUCCUUUUUGUUGUCAUCACUGUUGUUUUGCACUCUUUUCAUUUUGUAUAGUGAAUGUAAAAAAGUGUGUGUAACUAUUUUUUUACAUUUCUAAGUUUAUUUUUGAUCCGAGUUUUGUGUGUGCGUAUGUGUGCUUUUAAAAAAAUCUUUUAACUGCAUUUCUUGCAGCCUGCCAUAUUUUUACAAUAUGUUUGUUAAUUUAUUUUCCAGUGGGAUUUUAAAUAGUUCAAAAGUUAUAGUGUAAAUUAAAUAAUUUGAUGGGUUUGUACAGAAGGAAAAGGGGGAGAACUAUGAAAGAAACAAAAUAACAGAACUGUGAUACAAGUUUUAUUUUCGCCAUAUCCUGCUUUUUUAUAACAGCUUCUUUUUUUUUUAAUGAAAUAAGAAAUGGAUUUGCAAUAGCAUGAGAAAGGUGCAAAGAACCAGGGAUAUAAAGGUGAAUGGUGCCCUCUUCUGGAGGAACUUCAUCUCAUUGAGCACAGCAUGUUGUAAGCGUUCAAGAAUUUUUAAGCAAUAAAUGAAAUAUAGCAAUCAGCAAAGCAUAGGACUUGGCUUUGUGUGUCUUAGCCAGCACAAAAUGAUUCUUUGCAACUAUUCAAGGGAAGGGCAUAUUUAUUUAAGGAAUUCCUCCCAUUUCGCAUCCAUUGAGGUAGGAAAAAAAUCAUUUCUCUCCCUCUCAAAGUGGUAAGAUUUGAAAUGUCCUGUAGUUUUUGGGUAGAGAACUGUGUAAGCACAUUGGUCAGCUGACCAAUAUUGAGAUGAUUUCAUAUUGGAAAAAACACAUCCCAAGGUGAUGAUUUUAUACCUAUAAUUAAGUCAAUAUCUUCUUCUCUGAAUUGACAACAAUUGUAUUUAGCUUGGAAAAAGGAACAGAAUUCUGUAAUUCUGUUUUAAAUGGAAGGGAACAGUUCUCACUGCAGUGAAACGAGGCUGCCUAUGUGCAAUGCAUGAUGAUGGGACUGAAGAGCUAUAGCAAUGCAGUCACUGCUAUAAAAUGUUUAACUAAGGGUCCCACAAUCCACUAGCCAUGUGGGCUGGAAGUCUCCAAAAUUAUUUUUGCCCUGGAUAUGUUUUUGAAUACAUUAUACAUCAAUGUUUCACAGUAAGUUGUAUUAAGAUAGAUAGGACUAAACAUCCAAAAAAACAGUCUCACACUAGUAAAUCUAUUUGAGAUAUGAGGUGGCCUGAUACUAAGCCAGAUGGUAUAUCAGUCCACCUAGAUCUGUAUUGUCUAUAGUGACCAGCAGUGGUGUCUCAGAAGUCUUUCCAAGCCCUACUAAAAGAAACUAGGGGUUGGAGCUCUGACUUUCUUCAUAUGAAAAACAUAUCUCACCAAUGAGUUCAAAUUCACUGUUUUUAGAAGCUUUCACCAAACAGUCCACCCUCCAGAUAUGUGGAUUACCACUCCAAUCAUCAUGCCAGUUGUUAUCCAGCCCAUUAGGAGGGUAGCAAAGUGAGAAAGUCUUGUGUAUAUAGAACUGCAUAUGUUUUAGUACUGAGGACAACCCCUCUCCUCAUCAGUGUAUACCUAGUAGGUGCACAAAGCUUUCUCAUAUGCUGAAGUCAAAAGUGAAGCUUUGAAAGGCAGAAGGAAACUUGUGUUCCUAUCAGAGACUUUUGCAGCAAUGGAUCCGAUUGCAAUUUCAUUCUUAUAUGCAGUUGAAGAUGGUCUUGGUUUUUACAGAUUAUCAUUUGUUCAGACAACAACAAGGAAGGCAUGGCCUUCCAGAUGUUGCUUGACAUCAACUGCUGUUGGCCAACAUGGCCAAUAGUGAUAGAAUAUAUGAACAUUGAAAAUUGCCCAAUAUAGGGAUGUCUGAUUGGAAGAAGAUCUUUCUCAGCCCUAUUAAGAGAAUACUGGCAUUCCCUGGACUAUAUGUGUCAAUUCUGGCAGUUUGAUCCUACUUCAACUACUAUGCCACAUCCUAUGGAAUCCUGACAUUUCUAGCUUGGUGAAGUACUUUAACAUUUCUGCUCAAAAUAUGCUCUACUGAACUAUAACAUUACAGUUCUUUCUAGUGAAGAAUUUCCAGUACCUCAACCACAAAUCUCAAGAUUCCAUUGGAGAGAGCCAUGAUAAUUUAAGUGGGAUCCAAAUGCUAUAACACUGUACCAUGAUCUCCCAUCCAAGUACAAAACAGGCAUUACUCUAUUUAGCUUCUGAAAUCCAGAUCAAGUCUUUUCAAGGUGUUAUGAUGAGAACUUCUUUCUGUCAGACACAUUCUGGAGUGGCAUGCAUGUCCCAACUCUGUCUUGAGGGGAGAUCUUCUAUGUGCUGCAUUCCUUAGACAACCACUCAGAAAUACAGAGACACAUGUCCCAAGUAGACCAUUUUCAACAGUAUUUAGUCUCAGUUCGGUAGCAGUUAUAAAAAGAUGUCCAAUAUCUAUUUCAGGGAGUAUAAGUAAUACAAUCUUUCCCUACUCCACCAAAUUUUUAGCAUUGUUUUAAAAGAAGGUAUAAACUGUCAGCUCAACUGCCUGGCUUUGAUGGUGUUCUUUGAUUUUUUUCCCCCUCCUCUUUUGAUUGUUUUUGGUAUGCACACAUGUCUCUUGUGCAUAGGUGCCUCAGUGUAAAAUGUUACAUGGAUCUAGCGUGCAUUUUAAUUUUUCUGUGCUACAAUUAAAGUGUUUAUUUUUCUUUGCCUACUUGAGAUCUCGGUUUGGAUGUGACGGCAUUCACAGUCAUCACUCAUACAAUGAUAUUAUAGGGUUCUUAUCCAAGAGUGCUUCUCCAAGAUCAUUCAACUUUCAUACACUGUGGUUGCUGUUCUGCAUUAGGUGAGGCUUGCUGUUCAUGUGGGGAUUUGAUUUGCCCCCCAGACUUUAGUUUAGACAGGAGAGGUGUAUGUUCUUAGAAGCUGUGUUUAUUUUUAAAAGAAAACAAUUUGCAGAAACUGCAGUAUAUGCUAAUAUAAAAUAGGAACACCAAAUUGCUAUUAAAUUAUUGUACUUGGUUUUUUAAAAAGACAUUUGCUAUACCUGUUGAAUGCAUACAAAAUGAAUUCACUUGUGACAGAGAUUAAAGUUUUAGUUUACUAAAUAUUUUAAGAAAUAUGUUAUAUAUUUAAUUUAAUUUAAAUAGUCUCUUACAGACCUAUUUAUCACUAUGAUUUACCUAUGGCUUAAGUUAAUUUAUAUAUGUUUGGAUUGUUUUCUCAGGAUGAACCUUCAUAUUUAUUUGCCUUCUUUGUACUUGACGUUUUGUAAUGUGCACUGUGAUUUCUCCCCAUUUCCUUUUUGUUCCUGUAUUAAUUUACAUUGAUGAGCUAUCCUGUAAAUUAGACCUUUUGUAAAGAGCAAUGAUGUAUGCAUUUUUCUUUCAUUUUUUAAUUUCGGAAUAGUUUGUAUACUGUUUCUUCAUACAAUUAAUAUUUCUUACAUCAAUGCAACAAAACUGUGUUCUGUGCUGUACAUUUGGUGUAUGGUAGGAAAUAAAAUUGAUACUGAAGCAA